AUGGUGGCACUUAUGAAGGAAGAAGAAAGGAACAAAUCUAUGAGUUCAUAUGAUAAAGUGAAAGAAAAUGUAGGGAAGGAAGUGACGCAAAUGUUAAGUCAAUUGAAAGAUUAUAUGGGAAUGGACGAAAAAAGAAAUACAACGAGGAUAGCGGACAUAUGUGGACAUUUGAAACAUAGUGGAAAAGGGCCGGGUGACACAAAUCAAUUAAAGAAAAUAUGCAAAUCUCUAGUAAAUGUAGUCUACUGGAUGGAAGGAUGGGACAAGGGGAAAAAUAGAUGGAAGGUGGAAAGUGGGAAAGGGGAACCAUGGGAAUCAUACUUAAAGUGUAUAAUGGGGAAUAACGUUAUAUUGAGAAUAGUUAGGGAUAAAUGUGAUAUAGAACCAAUUAUGGAAGUUAUCGCUAAUACCAUGGAAGGAAAGGGGGAACAUUUUCCAAAUAGUGGAAAAACUAGAAUGGAAUGUGACUGGGUUAAGACGGAUGAUAUAAAGAAUGGAGGAGAAUUAAUUGGAGUAACCAUGGAAGAUUGGUUAGAAGGAGCGAAAAGUAGGAAGGGUGGUGUUACAGGUUUAUUGGAGAUAACGGAAUGGAUGAAAUGUGGAUCAGGGGAAGAAAUGAGUGAUGGUAAAAAUGAAAAAAAAAAUUGUAGGAGUGUUAGAAUUAUAGAUCUAAUGAAUUGGGGAAGAUCAAAGGAAUUAGGAGACCUAGUCGACACCAAGCCUGCGCGAGGGUCACAGGACGACACUUCAGGUGGACCGAAAAGUUCAGUUUCGCCAGGUAAGAAUAAUUCCAAUGUACAUGUACAACAGGAAGAGGAAGAUGAACUUCCUACUGGUUCGGAAGGUUAUGUACCCGGUCCUGCCGGUGGAAGUAGUCCCAGGAAUGACACCGAUGUUGUGGACCUAAUUACAUAUGGUACAGGUAAAAUAAGUGAAGUCACUUUUCAGAAGCCUACUGUUCAAGUGGAACCGCAAAUCCCUCCUGGUUUUAUCGAAGAAAACAAAGCUAAACCAGGGUCUAGGUCUGCUGAAACCACCCCUACAGUUAUAGGAACACGCAAAGAUCCAGAUGUAAAAGCUGGCUCCGACGCACAAGCCCCUACAGAAACAAAGAAUCACGAUGGAACACAGGAUGAUGCAAGUAAAACGAAGUAUUUUGUCAUACCUGGCAAAAGAAGACGUUCUAGAAGAGCACAUAAAAUACCUGAUUCUCCCCCCUUGGAAGAACAACUCCUUGAUCAUGUGGACGACGAGGUAGAUGGUCCACAUGAAUAUACCUUAGUAAAGGAACGCAGACAACCAAGUUCUGCUCCAACAAAAACGAAGAGGUCAAAAAAGCAGGGCGUUCAUCUCCCUGUUGGUAGCCGUGGUGUACGUCGCCGCAUGAUUAUUGAUAUUCAUUUAGAAGUCUUAAACGAAUGUCAAAAGGGGGACCUGCAUUUGACAAAGGAAGACUUUUUUGAAAUUUUGGUUAAAAAAUUCAUGGGUUCCCGGUUUAGGGAGGAAGACUUUGUUCCUAAGGGAGAUGUUCCGAAGGAACAGGUUCCAAGUUCAGAUUCCGCCUAUAAGCAGGAAGACUUUCUUCCUAAGGAAGGUGCUCCUAUAGAAAAGUUUCCUAAGGAACAGGUUCCAUGUUCAGAUUCCGGGUUUUAG